UGCCAGUCAGUGCCACCUAUCAAUGCCACUCAGUGCCACCUGUCAGUGCUGCCAAUCAGUGCCGCCUAUCAGUGCCAGUCAGUGCUGCCUAUCAGUGCCAUCAGUGCCCCUAUCAGUGCCAGUCAGUGCCGCCUAUCAGUACCACCUAUCAGUGCUGCCUAUCAGUGCCCAUCAGUGAUGCCUUUCAAUGCCCAUCAGUGCCACCUACCAGUGCCUCCUCAUCAGUGCCCAUCAGUGCCACCUAUCAGUGUCCAUCAGUGCAGCCUAUCAGUGGCCAUCAGUGCAGCCUCAUUAUCGCACAUCAGUGAAGGAGAAAAAUCACUUAUUUACUAAAUUUCAUAA